UGUUUGGAAGCAGCAGCAGAUACGUGGGGUGUGGUGCGUCCUCUUCUUCCUUGUCUCUCCUCUUCUCCUGGCCGUGCCCUCCCUCGCACUCGUUCCUGUUCCCUCAAGUCAAGCAAACAACUCAGGCAGCAUGGAGCUUUAUCAAAACAUUGACGCGCCACCCGCUGGCGACUUUCCGUGGAUGCAUGGCCCGAUUGGGCGAACCGAGGUGCAGCAGCUGAUGGCGCAAAAUGGCAACCAGGAAGGCCUGUACCUUGUCCGCGAAUCCUCCCGUGCGCCCGGCAGCUACGUCCUCUCCUGCAUUGCCCAAGGCACCCUCCAACACUACAUCAUCCAGGAUGAAGGCGGGGUGUACCGGAUUGAUGAUGGCCCGCCAUUCAGCACGCUGGACGAGCUUGUCAACCACUACCACAAGGCCGACGACCGCUUCCCCACCAUCCUCACGACAUAUUGUCCAAAGCCCGGCGCCCAGAUCCCUCAGCCCGCCACAUAUGAGAACAUGUGGAACGCACAACACACCGUGCAGGCAACGAUGGCGACAGCGACGCCAAUGGCACAGCAGCCGGCCGUGGCACAAGCAACCCAGCAGAUGCAAUCCAUGUCCAUCCAGCAGCCACAGGUCUCGACGGAGCCAGGCGUUGCCUACGCCACCAGCCUCGACGCACAGUCAGCCGUGUCCAAGACAGCCACAAUGACACCGGGCGGUGCUGCUAACAAGACGGGCACAUUUGACAAGGCUGCCACCCUCACCAGCACCCGUGACUUUAAGAAGGCGAAGAGCGUGCAAUCGUGGAUCCAGAAGGGCGAGGAGGUCAUGAAGCAGGAGGUCAAGGUCACAGAGACACUCAAGCGCAAGGACCUCGACGGGUUGUCGCACUCUGGUACGGAGGGAGCAGACGCACACUUCAACAAGUUUGACCGCGCCGCCCGCGCCGAGGAGAAGAUGUAUCUGCUGUGGAUGAACAACCACCUCAAGGCCUCUGGCAAGAGCAUUGAGGAUCUGGGGCCCUCGCUCAAGAACGGCGUGCUCGUGAUGCAAGUUCUGACGAAGAUUGCGAUGCUCCCGCCCCUGAAAUACGCGAAGCGCCCGCUUGUUGUGCAGCAGGAGCGCGACAACUGGCACGUCAUCAUCCGAUACAUGAGGAAGCUCGGGAUCCAGGUCGACCCCCUGCCCCAGCCCGGCGGCGAAGCAGCAGCACUCGACCCAGACGGUGAUACGGAUGCUGAUGCUGGCAGUGGCGGUGGCGGUGGCGGUGGUGGUGGUGGUGGAUAA